AAAGGAACAGUUCAUGGUUGUGGUAUGCCCCUGUUGAUACUGAUGUGUUGAUGGGGGUACUUUGCUGGGUUUGCGAACACUCCGGUACCAGGUACCCGAAGCUGGUCGCAAGCCGACUUUCUCAGCUGUCCCAAUGCCGUGGAAGCAGGAUCCGUGGUCGUCUCUGCUCCUCAUUGUCCCCUCGGGUCGGGUUACCCGUUUCGGGAACCCGCUCACCUUCUCCACACCUUCGAUCGACGCUCAACUUCUGCAACGGGCUGACAUCCAAGUGUCGCCUGCAGCAAGCGCUGCGUCGCUUGGGCGGCAUUCGCACGAAGAGAGAUGGAUUAAGAGGCUCUUGGGCUAUAUCCAACCUCGAAUGAACCAAUUGAAAGCGGAAGCGGCCGCCGCCGGUCAUUUAGGGGAUUCCACCGGCUUCGGCAUGUUCUGCAAGGUGCUUGAUGGAUUCGAUGAAGAUCCAGUAGAGGGAAGGCUUAAGCUUGGGAUAGAGGUGGGAUUAGGUCCGUCAAUGAAAGCUGGACCGGUCAUGAGGGGUCAUGAGGAGUCCUGUAUGAGGGGCAGCUCCCUCAAGUCAAACAUCCCUUAACUGGGUUACGGCAGGAAUGACGCCGUGACUUGUCAGGUUUAUUGAUUGGUAUAAGAUCAGACUGGCCAGCUGCGC